AACAUAUAGAGUGGAACGAUAAUUUUCCUUUCAUUAUUUUAGGUAUGGUUUGCUACUAGCUUUAAAGCAUUUUCCGGAACAUCGCACCUUUCUGGGUAAGGAACGAAUUGAAGCUAGAUCAUUCGUUGGUGUUUUUCUUCCUCUCUUUUUUUUUCUUGCUAGGUAGUUACGAAUCAUGUUCAUCAUCUAACGGGUUGUUAUGUCUUGAACAUUUCGGCCUGGCCACGGGCAGUCGCCAUCCACUUCGGUCGCCAUUGUUCCCCACUCUUUCUAGCUACACUCGUGGCUAGACCCAACCCAGAGAUCAAGGUUAGUUAGGUUCCGCCGGUUCCCACUCACCUUCGUACGUACCUACCUUCUUCGGGACGGGUGGUUCAAGGUAGUAGGAGCAACUGUCAAUGCGUUUUGAAUAAAAGGGCACUCUUCCUACCUCAGAAUUUGACUCGUGCUUCCUUCAACCACUUCAUCCAACAUCCCUACAACCCUCUCGGCUGGGAAUACUAUUAUAAUAGUAUUAGUAUAUCUUCUUUUAUACGUCCAAGUAUAGAAUAGUAUACGCUAUAACCAUAGUUUUUUCGAAUAACCAGGUUAUCCCACGCGCUUCGCCAAGAUUGAUCACUUACCCGGUUAUCAGUCAGUCGACAUAAGACGCGCCGCAUUUAUACAUAAUAUCUCAGACCCCAAUUUCAACUGAGGAAUUACCCCGAAUUCAACCGCCAAAAUGAGAGGUCCGCUCGCUCGGUUCUCUCACCCUACCGAGGUGCCGGUGGAGGAGAAAACUCGCCCGGAAAAUGACAAAGAAAUCGGAGUAGUCGACAACCAGCCUCGUACCAGCGAGGCCGAUUCCGACCCGGAUACUAUCGACGCCCAAGCCCAGGCCGGUGUGCAAAAGAUCGAAGCCACUACUAAGGUUUGGUCGAGGUCUAACCUCAUUAUGGCCUAUGUCUUCAUCUGGAUCAUCUACUUCGUCGACUCCAUGCAACAGGGAAUGGGAUCUCUUUUGACUCCCUAUGUCACUAGUGCUUUCUACCUCCACUCUUUGACUGCCACUACGAACGUCAUGUCUGGUAUUAUCGCCGGUAUCUCGAAGCUCACUUUGGCUAAGAUUCUCGACAUUUGGGGUCGUCCCCAGGGUUUCAUGGUUGUCGUUAUUCUAAUGACUCUCGGUCUGGUCAUGAUGGCGGCUUGCAACGGCGUUGAAACUUAUGCCGCUGCGCAAGUUUUCUACUGGGUCGGAUACAACGGUGUUAGUUACUCGCUAUCCGUUUUCAUCGCCGAUACUUCGUCGCUAAAGAACCGAGGUCUGAUGUUGGCCUUCAUCUCUUCGCCGUACAUCAUCACUGUCUGGAUCACUAGCCCCAUGGCUCAGAGCGUCCUUGGUGGUAUCGGCUGGAGAUGGGGAUUCGGUAUCUUCUCCAUCAUCACCCCGAUUAUGUGCCUACCGCUUUUCUUCCUUUUCACCUACAACUACCAAAAGGCCAGAAAGGCUGGUUUGAUCGUCAGCACUCCCAGCGGCCGAACUUUCUGGGAAUCAGUCAAGUACUACUUCUGGCAGUUCGACGUUAUCUGCCUUAUCCUCGUUUCCGGUGGAUUCGCUCUUUUCCUACUCCCAUUCAACAUCUACUCUUACCAGUACUACGGCUGGAGGGACCCCCUAACCAUCUGCUUGAUCAUUUUUGGUGGUCUCCUCCUGAUCGCAGCUGUUAUCUGGGAGAAGUAUUUCUCGCCUGUCAAGUUCAUGCCUUGGGAGCUUCUCAAGGACCGAACUGUUCUCGGUGCUUGCAUUCUCUCCGCCGUUCUUUUCGUCGAGUAUUACAUCUGGACCGCCUACUUCACGUCCUUCCUUCAAGUUGUUCUCAACCUUAACGUUACUCAGACCGGUUACAUCAGCAACAUCUACUCUCUCGGAUCUUGCUUCUUCAGUUUCAUCGUCGGUCUCGCUAUCCGCUACACCGGUCGCUUCAAGUGGGUCGCUCUUUACUUCGGUGUCCCGGUCACUAUUCUCAGCAUUGGUCUCCUCAUCCACUUCCGUCAACCCGGUACUUACCUUGGCUGGAUCAUCAUGUGCGAGAUCCUUUACGCUUUCGCUGGUGGUGCUUGUGUUAUUGCUGAACAAAUCGCUGUCAUGGCUGCCGCUGGCCACCAGCACGUCGCUGUCGUCCUUGCUAUGGAGGGUAUGUUCAGCAGUGUCGGUGGUGCCAUCGGUUCUACCGUCUCUGCUGCCAUCUGGACUGGUCUAUUCCCCGCCGCUCUAGCCAAGUACCUACCUGCAGAGUCCCAGGGAGACCUUACCAACAUCUACAGCCAGCUUACAGAGCAACUCGCUUACCCCGUCGGCUCUCCGACCCGAGACGCCAUCGUUCAAGCUUACGGUGAUUCCCUCCGGUGGAUGUUCGUCGCCGCGACAGCCAUCACCGUUCUCGGCAUCUUCAGCGUUGCCGCCUGGAGGGACAUCAAGGUCAAAGACUUUAAGCAAGUCAAGGGCCGUGUAAUCUAAACCCAACUAAAACACAAACUAAAGCAAAGUAAAGUAUAUAUACACAUGUGUAAGGAUAUGAACACGAAAGAACUUGGAGCAUCUUGGCUUCUUGAAUAAACACCACACAAGAAAACGGGGCUUUGGGGAUACGGUUUUGGAUAUAGGGGGGUUUACUUGGGGAUGUUAAUGGAUGGGUAGCGUUGAAGCAUUGGCAAAUACGCAUUGGAGUGUAAGAUGAUACAACGAUUAUAGACUUACGAUACCUGCUGGUUCGCUGAAUCA